AGUAACUUUUCCCUCAGCUCCGCUUCAACCAAACUCAAACCUCCGGCAGCAGCUUCCUGUUCUUCUGACAGGAGAGAGGAGGAGGAGAAGUGAGGAGCAAGUUUACACCUCUGAGAGGAUUGCAGCCCGACACCACAGCAGCUCUUCAUCCCUCUUCCUGUGCCUAUUCAUCCCGCUCUUCUUCGGAGGUGCAGCCGCGCAGGGCCAGCCUGAAUGUGUCUGUGUGUUUGACUCAAGUUGGGUCCUGUCAGACGAGGUGAAUGUACAGCAUCAUGAUGGAGACGGACUUACAUUCCCCCGUGAUGUCCCAGACCAACACAUCCAACCCGGGGGGACACGGCGGAGGAGGAGGCGGGGGCCCCGGAGGCAAGGUCCCCCAGGAGCGCAUCAAGAGACCCAUGAACGCUUUCAUGGUGUGGUCCCGGGGCCAGCGCAGGAAAAUGGCACAGGAGAACCCCAAGAUGCACAACUCGGAGAUCAGCAAGAGGCUGGGGGCUGAGUGGAAGGUGAUGACUGAGGCGGAGAAGAGGCCGUUCAUCGACGAGGCGAAGCGGCUCCGGGCCAUGCACAUGAAGGAACACCCGGACUACAAGUACCGGCCGCGCAGGAAGACCAAGACGCUGCUGAAGAAGGACAAGUACUCGCUGGCGGGGGGGCUGCUCGGCUCCUCCGCGGGGGUCGGGAUGGGUUGCGGGCAACGACUGGAGAGUCCCGGCGGCCACCCAGGGGCGAACGCGGGCUACGCGUCUCAUGUGAACGGCUGGGCGAACGGAGCGUACUCCGGCCAGGUGGCGGCUGCCGCUGCGGCGGCGCACGCAAUGAUGCAGGAGGCGCAACUGGCGUACACGCAACACCCGGGCAACGGGGCUCACCCGCACCAUCAUCCGCACCACCACCCGCACAACCCGCAGCCCGUGCACAGGUACGACAUGAGCGCCCUGUCGUACAGCCCCAUCUCAAACUCUCAGAGCUACAUGAGCGCCUCUCCGCCGGGAUACGGCGGCAUCACCGGCUACACUCACCAGCACCAGAGCUCCGGCGUGUCCCCGGUGUCCGGGGUGAUCGGGGGGACGUUGGGGUCCCUGGUGAAAUCUGAGCCUAGCGUGAGCCCCCCGGUUUCCUCAGGCCGCGCGCAGUGCGCCACGGGGGACCUGCGGGACAUGAUCAGCAUGUACCUGCCCCCCGGAGACCCGGCGGGAGAUGUUCAGAGCAGACUGCACGUGUUGCACCCGCAGCACUACCCGAGCAGCGGCCCCGCUCCGGUCAACGGGACGCUUCCUCUGACGCAUAUUUAAAACCAAAUAUUUAAACUGUAGAUGUGGAUCGGGCUGCUGAGGAUGAAUUGUAAAUUAUAGGCGGUUAUAGCCAUGAAAAUGCAAUCACUUUGAACAAACUUUUUUAUUUUUAUUGUUUCUAUUUUCUUUGAUGGAUUUGUCUGUCCGAGUUAAAGCUGAUCUGCUCUCUGGAACAGAGCAUGCCAAGUUUAAAUUAUAACCCGUGCAGGCUGGUGCAUUUUUUGAAGUUUUAUUUAAUUUUCCCGACUUUUCUGUGGAAUUCCAGGCACCAGAGUGUGAGAGAGCUGUUUAAAGAGGGGGCCGCUGUGCAGGAUGUGUUUCAAACAAGUUUCUUGGCUGCAGUUGACAUUGAUUUCCAGUUUUCAUGCUUGUAAACAUGUGAGUCAGUCGGUGUAAUUUGAAUUCGUUUUUGUUGUUGUAAAAUCUUGUAAAUUGUGAAUAAAUAGGCCUCCUGAAAACGCCUUUUAUCUAAUUGUAGACAUUAUUGACUGAAGUCACCGUUGUCAGGUUUAAUAUAUUUCCCAGGUAAUUUCAUUGAGGGCAAAGUGUUAGUGGGGUUUUUAUUUUUGCUGAUCUAAACCAAUUCCGGUGUCUGCUGUUCAAUUACAUUUAUUCCAUGUAGAGAAUAUGUAAAAAAUUACUAUUAUCUCAUAAAAUCUCAGUCCAAAUAGUAAAAAAUGUGAAUAACAGCAAAAUAGAGGUUGCAUUAAAUAACAAACGGAAGUGUUUCCUGAUCCAUUUGAAAACUGGGAUACAAUUUAUCGGUUUGGCUUUUGAUUGAUUAUUUUUCUUAUUGUUGAAAAUGAUGCAUACUUGAUCACAUUUUGCGUUUCUUUCUGAUCAAUCUUUAGAGACAUCAGUUAAACCUUUUAAUAAAUAUGUGCCAUAUUAGGGGAUGGGCAAUUACAGGUUAUAGGGCUACGUUUUAUGAUUUGUUUACAUUUUAAAUUUCCUGCCCUGAUCUUUAAAUGUAUCAUGAUGUUUGAUAUAAAUUUAUUUGAAGUUGUUUGAGGAUUUUAUUUCCAGGGAGAAUUAUGUACAAAAUAUGACCCUAAUAAUCACCCGUUUGUCUACAUUUUCUAUUUAGAAAUUUGGCACCUUCCUUUAUAAAUUUCAUGCUUUAAUGUGAGUGUUAAAUGGGAAUUUCACCAUUUGUCUUGAAAUGUGUUGUGUUAUAUGUCGAUUUCCUAUUUUCUGUCUUGAAAAUUGUGAAGAUCUUUCUAGGAUAUCUUUUAUGAGCUGGCCUCAUGGAAUCACUUGCAUCUAAAAUAAUGGAUGAGGUAUUUCUGUCGUAUCAUCCAAAUUUAUUUUACUGGCACAAUUUUUAUUAUCUUCGUUUUUGUUUUGGACAACUUGAACAUGCACGAUAUAAAAUUUCAGCUGAUAACCUUGACAGUCAGUCUCAAUUUAAAAAAGUAAAAUUUUAUAUAAUUGCACUCAAAGGCCCAAUACAGCAAAGUUUCUCUUUUUUACCAUCCUGCAGGGUCAUGACCUCACUUAUCUACGUCUCACUCCAAAAUAAAUCCGACAACAGUAUCCGGUGGUCAAUGAACGACUAAUUCCUCAACUGGCCUCAACUGGGCCCAUUUCAACCUGGUAUCCACCUGCGUCCCUGUACUCAAACACAGGUCCUCAAGCUUUACCUCUCUGCACACCCGCAGCAUCAAACGCCUGCAUCUGUCUGAGAUUCUCCAGGUUGUUAAAUGAUUUCCGUCUUUAAUUUAAUGGCUGAAACGCUGGAGGCCCCGGGGACAGAGAGGGAGGAGUGAAAGAGCAGAGAGGAGGAGGAGGGAGAAGGCGAGGAGGGGAGGUUUUUGUGUUGGAGGAGAAUGGGGAUUAGUCCUGAUGUAAGCUGGGGCAGCCCGGGGGUCACCCCGCCACCAAAAGCCCGGCUAACAACACCCCUGGUUUUAUCAGACUAAUUCCCACUCGGGUCUGGACUUAAAAACAAGAGGGCAGCGUGGAUGUAAAUCACAUCAGAUAAAGCUGUUUCCAGGGACGUCAGGUGUUUAAACUGAAGGCAUUUAACAAAUAAAACUCCAGGAGGGAUUGUUCAGGAUAGUGUCUAAUAAAUGUCAUGUCUGGUUGUUCUUUGGCUUUUUAUAUGUGUUUUGGUAAAUACUGGAAACUUGGACAAAUAUGUGAGGGGGUUUAUCUUCAGAAAUACAUUAACAUACAAAUAUAACAAAAACAAAAGGGAAGAUGUUGUAAUUUGAAAGAUUUAAAGACGAAUGCUUUUUCCUAAUUUAUGGCAGUAAAGACAUAUUUACAGUAACCACCCUUCAUCAUCUAUGCAUGAUGCAAAUAAAAAUGUAUUCCUCUUUUCUCAUCAU